AUCAGAGGGGUUUUUGUGUUCACACAGAUGUCUGUCUUCUCAAACACACUCUUCAGUUGAUCACCACUCAGUCUCAGAGCCGGGCCUGGAUCGAUCUGGCGCCUGGCAAGAGGGAUGGCAUCAGCCCGGCAUUAUGGACGCUCAGCGAGGGACAUCGCCAACGUGAUGCAGAGGCUGCAGGACGAGCAGGAAGCUGUACAGAAGCGGACUUUUACCAAAUGGAUCAACUCCCACCUGGCAAAGCAUGACCCGCCCCUGGUGGUGACGGAUCUGUAUGAGGACAUUAAGGAUGGCGUGAUGCUGUUAGCACUUCUGGAAGUUUUAUCCGGACAGACGCUGCCGUGCGAGCAGGGCCGCAAGCUCAGGAGAAUCCACUGGCUGGCCAACGUGGGAACGGCCUUGCACUUUCUCGAGGGCAGAAGGUCUGUGUACAGAGGAUCUCCGAUCAAACUGGUUAACAUCAACACCACGGAUGUAGUAGACGGCAGACCCUCCAUCGUCUUGGGCUUGAUCUGGACCAUCAUAUUAUAUUUUCAGAUUGAGGAACUCACCAGCACUCUACCACCUCAGAAUGUACAGACCAGCAGCACAUCCUCAGUGGACAGCUCCAACAGCACUGAGGCCAACAGCCCACCUGUCAAACGCAAGCCCCGCCUCUCUUUUCAGGGUGGAGCCAAGAAAGCUCUGCUUAAAUGGGUUCAGAAAACUGCAACCAAGAGGCUGGGUCUGGACGUCAGGGAUUUCGGACCUAGCUGGCGUUCCGGUGUAGCGUUCCACGCCGUCAUUUUUGCAAUGCGUCCUCAGCUGGUUGAUAUGGAGCGCGUGUGGAACCAACCCAACCGAGCCAACCUGGAGGAGGCGUUCUCAUUGGCCGAGAGGGAGCUGGGCAUCCCACGCCUUCUCGACCCUGAGGAUGUGGAUGUUGACAAGCCGGACGAGAAGUCCAUCAUGACGUACGUGGCUCAGUUCCUGAAGCAUCAUCCGGACGCUGCGGAAAGGGAGAGCUUCAAAAAUGAGGAUGAGUUUGGCUUUGCACCUCCUGUCUUUGGAGAAAUGUCAGAGCGUGAACAGAGGAGCGUUCUGAGGGAGCUGAAGGUCUGGGCGGAUCAGAUGAUCAGGGAUUGCGCUGAGGCUCGGGCUGAUGCCCGGGAUCUCGGUCAGCAUUAUCAGGUCUUUAAGCAUUACCGUGUGCAGUAUGAGAUGAGGAGGAGACAAGUGGAGUCCUGUAUUCAAUCCGUUCAGAAGGAUGGCAUGCUCACUUCAGACCAAGCUCUGGUUAAACAAGCCUGGGAGAGACUUACUGCUAGGCUUCUGGAUUGGCAUAUGCAGCUGGAUGGUGGGUUGCCAGAUCCUCUGGGUUCUAUAGGUGUGUGGCUCCACCAGGCAGAGAAAAUCCUCAGAGAGGACCUGGUUCCUGAGCAGAGCCACGAGGAGACGGCGAAUGCCAUCCACCGAACGCGGCAACUCCAUCAGGAGGUCCUCGGCCUCUGCGAAACGCACCAGCAGACCUUCCGGCGUUUCCACAGGGACAGGAGCGUCGCUGGCGUUCUCUUACCUGCCGAGCAGCUCCAAGACAUGGCAGAGAGAUUAAAUUACGUAUCUACCUCCUCACACAUACAUCUGAGCAAACUGCAAUUCUGGGAGUCGAGGUACCGCAUGCUGGGCUUCCUGUCGCUAGGCGAAUCCAAGCUGAAAUCCUGGAUAAUUAAAUACGGACGGCGAGAAUCGACCGAGCUCCUGCUCCAGAGUUACGUGUCGUUUGUCGAAGGUGAGCAUUUCUUCCAAAAGUACGACUCCGUCUAUGAGGCUCUCAAGCAGGGCGCCGUGCUUUACAUAAGCGCUGAUGCUUCAGUGGAGAAGAGGGUGAAGUGCUUCCUGAGGGAUGUGGCGGAUCAGUGGAGGAGUCUGGCGGUGGAGAUGCGCAGCGUCAGGUCCAUGCUGGAGGAGGUGCAGGAGAACUGGGAGAGGUACAGUAACUGCGUGGCGUCUCUGCAGGCCUGGCUGGAGGAUGCUGAAGGAGCUCUGAGACAGCCAGAGAACAGUAAACGGGAGUUCUUCAGGACUCUUUCACACUGGAUGGAGAACCACGCCACCAUGAAUGCUGCAGGAAACUUCCUCAUAGAGACGUGCGAAGAAACAGUUGCUCGCGACCUCAAGCACCAGCUGCUGCUCCUCAACGGGAGAUGGAGAGAUUUAUUCAGUAAAGCCAAACAGUACGCUCAUGUGCUCAAGACCCACAGUGAGACGGAGCUUCGGGACGCCAUCACAGCUCUUCGGGAGUUUUUAGAAACUUCUACCUCCAAACUCACCUCACCUGUCCAGGUGUCGCUCCCAGACGUCAGAACGUUUGUAAGGAAUGUUCAGGAGAUCAAGCACAGGCUACCAGCGAUGGAGGUGAGAUACAAAACGUCUGCUCACACAGCUCAGCUCUGGACCAGAGACUCCAGCGGUGGGGACGGAAAGCAAGUCCUCACAACGAUGGCGUCCAUCAAAGGACAACUAUACAAGAUGAAGGAGAAAUGUCCGCUGGUUCUGAGAGAAUGUCACAUCGUGCUUCCUGUGCUAGAGGAGCUGGAGGGGCAAAUCUCCACCUUUUAUCAGAUCGCUGAUCAUGCGGGUCACAUCAUCGCUCAGCAGCACGACCAGCAUAGAAACCAGGAGUUGCUGUUGCAGCAACAGAGCUGUAAGCAGUGUGUGUGCGCUGUGGAGCGUAGUUACCUGGCCCUGCAGAGGGCGCUGUGUUGCACCAAGACGCUCUACAACUUCGACGCAUCCCUACUUCAGAACAGAGUAACCGAGCUUCAGACCACCGCCCAGGCCCUGAUGCAGGAGGCGUUAGAGUGGAGGAGGGUCGCCGAGGCUAACGGCAACCUGACACGCCGAUUCGAGGAGACCCGCGCUGAGCUGGAGAAGACCCUGAGGGUGGGCCAGGCUUGUCUGACAGAGCGAGGAGACCCUGCUAAGCUCUUCAGCAAACACAGCGACUUUUUCAGCCGAUUAGACCAGCGAGUGUUGAACGCCUACUUGAAGGCGUGUGAUGACCUCACUGAUAUCUUACCCGAGGAGGAGCAGCAGGGCCUCCAGGAGUCAGUCAGGAGGCUGCACAAACAGUGGAAGGACAUCCAGGCCCAAGCUCCGGCUCACCUUCUGAGGCUGAGAGUGGAGGCGGAGAGGCGCUUAGUUAUGGCGUCACUGCAGGAGUGCAGGGUGGAGCUGCAGAGGGAGGAGAAGAUGCUGGCAACGUCUGGCAGCGAGAGAGCGAUACGAGAACACAUGGCUUUUUUCCGGAACAAGAACCCGAUUUCUGCAUGCCAGAGGAGACUGAAGACCAUAGAGCAGCUCUGCCAGAAACUUCCAGAGAAUGACCCGGUACAAAAAGUCCUCCUGGAGACCACAGUGAACAUAUCUGAGGUUAAAGAUGAAGUGGAACGUGUUCACCUGCGACUCCAGGAGCAUCCGGACAAGUGGAGCGAGUGGCACUGCAGGUUUGGUGAAGUUUCAGCCUGGAUCUCGUCUCAGCAGAAAGACGGGGAGAGCGUCAACGCAGUGCAGCGUGAGGUUCAGAGAGCUCAGGAGGACGCUCUGUCCUGGCUCACGGCUCGCCUGGAGGUUCUGGAGGAGCUGAGCACGGACGCUGAAGCCGUGGCACGGAGGACGGCGCUGGACGAGCUCACGCAAUCGCUCACCACCCUGCUGUCUUCUCUAGAUGAAGCGAUGUCUCUGGAUGAGAACAGCGAGAGAGGAGAGGACGAGGAGGACGUGCUUCAGAUGCAGGAGCACAGCCGAAUCCUGAAUGCAGAGAGCGUAACGCAGGCCAGGCAGCUAAUUCUUAUUCACCAGCAAAAGCUGAAGAGAAAAGGAUGCGUGUGUGAAGAGGAGAGUAGAGAAGACUGCAGCUGGACAGCGCAGGAGAAACAUCUGCAGGCAACUGUCAGCGCCUGGCAGGGUUUUGAGCAGGACCGAGAGGCCGUGUGGCAGUUUGUGUGCAGUGCGACUCCUGUCCUCCAGAAAGAGUUUCUAUUCAGCAGUCUGGAGAACCUCACAUAUCAGCUCGAUUACGCUCACGAGCUUCAUGCACAGACUGGUGUGUUCAUUAAGAAGACAGAGUCACUGGUGAAAAAAGCGUGUGAGAUUCAGUUGGGUUCGGAGAAUUCCUGCCUGCUGCGUGAUCAGGCCACAGCGGCUCAGAGGAGACUGAAGGACCUGCAGGAGAACUUCAGGGACAUGAUAUCGGAGCUCAGUGAGGCACAGACACGAUGGCAGCAUUUCAGCCGUGAGUCAGAAGCGCUCUCAUCCUGGCUGUGUGAGAGAGAGAAGGAGCUGGAGGCUGUUGACGGCAACACUGCUGCCUUGGAACGACAGAUUCACACUGUGGAGGUGAUUGAGGCAGGUUUAGAGGAAAAGAAGGAUGUCUUGACUCAAUUGGAGGCGGAGUCUCGUGCUCUGACUUGUUUCAUUGUUCCUGCGGAGGUGGAGCAUAUUAAAGAUUGUCUAGAACAGAUCGUCACGUUGUGGGAGAAGCUCACGAGCAGCGUGAAAAGACGAGGGGCAGAGCUUAAGGCCAGCUUGGUGCAUAGAAUGAAAUUAAACGAUGAUAUACAUGAGGUUAAAGACAUGAUGCAAGCUCUUGCAGAGAAGUUGAAUAAACCGGUUACAGGCUGUGCAUCAACGUCAGAGACGUACCAGGUUCUUCAUGAGCAUAUGGAAAUGUGGCAGGCUCUGAAGCUCCUGCAGCCUCGACUGGUGUCAUUUAGCCUGGGUUUGAAAAGGAUAUCUUAUAAAGAUCAGAUGGAGAAAGAAGUAUCAGACCUCCAGCAGGCUCAUAUACAGUGUACUAAUAAGGCUGCCAGCAAACAAGCCAAACUGGAGGACCUGUUAAAUCGGUGGCAGCAAUAUGAAAGAGGACUCUCAGUACUUCAGGGAUGGUUGAACAGUUCGGAGAACCUCUGUAAAUCUGAUACUCCAUAUCUCAUCACUGAUAAAACCAAACUUCAAAGCCAGCUACAAACAUUACAGGACCUGCAGAGUGAGGUUCCUUCUCAGGAGUCUUUGCUGGAGAAGUUGGAGACCCAGGCCGAGUUCCUCUACCCCACAGCGUCAGAGGAACACGUUGGAGAACUCACAGAGCUUCAUUGCAACCUGGAGGAGAGAUGGUGUUCUGUCAGUGUGUGCAUACCUCUCAGGAUUCAAGAACUACAGGCCCAUCUUUCUCACCUGGACCAGUUUAACCAGGUUCUAAUGACCCUCACAGAGUGGAUUGAAAACUUUCACAGGCAGCUGAGACACAGGUCCAAAGUCACCAUUACUAAUUUGACAGCUGCUUCUACUCAGAUCAAGGAUGAUGAAGCUCUUCUUCAAACCCAUUACGAAGCAAUUGAGGAUCUGAAUAAGCAUGUGGAGGAACUGAGUCCUUUCUUGGCACCUCUGGAUCUUCAGCAAUUGCGGGCCAGGCAGCAAGACUGUCACCAGCCCUUCUCAGGAGCUCGAAUAUUCCUCCAGAACCGUUCUGAAGCUUUAGUUAAGCUUGAGUCAUUCCUGGAGACAUACAGGUCCACCACUAAUGUGCUACAGACCAUGCAGAGCAUUGUAGGACAGGAAAACUGGGACCAAACCAAGGAUAGUAACCUGAAUCAGGAACUAGAGCAGUUGUCACAGGAUUUAACCUCUGUGGAGGUGCAGGCAAUAAGUCUGGACAAUAGCCUGAACAAGGCAUGUCUACACUUGCAUUUGUGUGAUGGGGACAGGACGUCCUGCCGGGGGUUGGUGGAGAAUCUGGGAUCAGAACUGCAGCAGAUUCAGAGAAGCAUGGGGACAAGGCAGAGCGAGUCUGAGGCCCUAGAAGUCAUGUGGAGCUCUUUUACGAGAAGAAAGGAGCUGCUAUUGAGGAGCCUGACAGAGCUGGAGGACAAAGCCAGAAAACCAUGGCUUCCAGAACCAAGCACACAGAACUUCCAACAAAGACUGUGGAUGCUGAACCAGUUGGAGGAGGAGCUCAAUGCUCUGCAACACAGCCAGCUAUGGUUAGAGGAGAAAGGUGAACAGUUGGCUCACCAAGACCCUGAGAAGAUUGACAAGGUCCAGAGGGAUGUAACCCUCGUCCAAACCAGCUGGGAGAAAAUCCAGAAUGCCAUUUCAGAGGAGAAGGAGCAAUGCAGAAUGCUGGUGGAGAUGAGUAAGGAUUACCAGACUCUAAAGUACAAACUCGGCUCAGUUGUAGAAAGAGCUCAUGGUGUCACUGUUUCCCAGAAUGUCCAGGAAAACCCAGAGGACAUCCGGAGAGCCCUGACUCGGCUGGAGGCGGUGAAGUCCGAGUUCACAGGCUCUCAGGAUGACCUCAAUUCAUUCAUCUGUAAAAGCAAAUCCUUCAUCGGCGAGCUGAGGAACCUUCCGGAAAGCAUAGCAGAAGUGGUCCGCAUGGAAACGGACACCAUUGUGGACCAGUGGAUGGACACGUCUAAGAAGACGGAAACCGAAUCGGAUCGUCUCAGGUCAGCCCUCGAGUUGUGGACAGAGGUCACCUCGAUCGUUACCGACGUCGAGUGCUGGAGCGCCACCUUAGUUAGCGAGUUUAUCGAUGGACCUGUAAACCUUUUAUCCAGUGCCAAUAUGGAGGAGUGCCUCAGUCAGUUUAAGCUGGAAAUUGAAGGUAAAAAAGUGCUAAUGGAAAGCCUGCAAGGAAAAGUAACCCGACUACAGGAAGUGUCAAAGAACCAGCAAAACGACAUCGAGCUCCAGGCGCUGGCAGCUGAUCUAAGGAUAAAGAUCUUCCAUGCUGAAGAGGUUUACGAGCAGGCUGCUUCCAUCCAGAGGGACUUCAGCUGUCAGAGCCAGCAACUUCAAGACGCGAUUUCCCAGCUGGCUGAACAACUGGACAGCAUCGAGAGCAGACUGUCAGAGCUAUCGCAGGCAUCUGACCCAGAAAAUGUGGCUAAGAUAAAGGAGCUCCAGAAGACUCUGAAACAGGUGGAUAGUGGUUUAGACGUGACGAGCGAGUCUCUAAGAGUGCUUUGUAGAGCAUAUCCGGUUCAGCAACUAACCGCUUUGGGUACCAGCAUCACCGAGCUGGUGAAGCGAAGUGAAGCGGCAGAUCAGCGCUCCGGUCAGAUCCUGCGAGCUCUACAGGAAACGCUUGUACACAGUUUUAAUGAACUCACACAGGAUUUCCACAGUUGGCUCUCGGAGCUGAGAGCAGGUACUGAGCAGAUUUCUGAGGGAGUAGGAGAUGUUCCUGAGCCCACCACUCAGCUGCAGAGGCUCCAGGUUUCCCUGCAGCAGCUUGGAGAAGGUGAGGAACGCCUGAGUAGGAUUUGCGAAGAGAAAGAGAAGCUCCUAAAAUACCUAUCGAAAUCUGCAGCUGGAGGAGUGCAGGAGCGUCUGGCAUCGUGUCAGCUGGAGCUGGAUGGAUUUACUGCAGCUUGCAGACAGAGAGUGCGGAGUUUGGAGCAGAGCGCCGCCCUGCAGGAUGGGUUGGAGGUGAGUGUGGACGAGAUGAGACACUGGCUGAGGCAGAUGGAGAAAAACCUGCAUAAAGAGGCAGCUGUGUGUGGAGCGAGCCAGCCAGGAGUUCCUGAUUGCUCUGCACAGCUAAAACGCGUGGCGGAAAUUCACAAAGUGCUGCUUGUGAGAAGGCCGUCUGUGGAGCGUCUGUAUCAGGCAUCUCUUCUCCUGUCCGAGGUGAACAGUGUCCCCGCUGAGCUCCUGUCCUCCCAUCAGGCUCUGCUCCAGGAGGCAUGGAGUCGCCUUCAUCACCUGCAGGAGUACCAGGCCUUUGGGGAGGUGCUGAGAGCCAUGGGGGACUGGCUAGAGGAGGUGAAGGGUCGGCUGGAGAUGCUGGAGAGCACCGAGGGAAACAGAAAGGAGGUGGAGGAGAGACUGGAACGAGUGCAGGAUAUCCUGUUAAUGAAGGGUGAGGGAGAGAUAAAGCUGAACAUGGCUGCCGGGAAGGGCGAGCUCGUCAUAAAAAGCAGUGGAGACGCUGGACAGGAAGUGAUCGGUUCUAAGCUACAGGAAGUGGAGGACGCCUGGGCGGCACUGCUUUUAAGGGCUAUGAGCUGCCACAGUCGUCUGGAGUGGACGGUGAGUCAGUGGGGGCUGUUUGUGGAGUCUCAAGCCCAGCUCAGGACCUGGUUGGAGCAGGUGGAAGCUGAGGUUAAAGGUCCACUGGAGCCUCAGCUGGGUCUCAGAGAAAAGAGGCAGCAGCUGGACAGACUGUGCCUGCUCUCGGCCGACGUAGAGGACCACCAAGGGGCGCUGUGUUAUUUAGAGGAGAGCGCUGCCGAGCUGUACAAGCGCACCGGAGACCCCACCUUCAAGGAGGAGGAGACCGCUCAGCUCCGGGAGCAGUUCGAUGACGUCAGAGCCGCUGCAGAGGAGAGAGUCCGAUUUUCAGAAGGCGUCGUUUUCGAGCACGAGAAGUACAUGGCGACAGUCAGAGAGCUCACCGAUUGGCUAAUGUCCAAAGGGGAGGAGCUUCAGAGAUGUUCUGACCCAUCCGGUGACUCCGCCUCCAUCGAGAGAAGGCUGAUGGAAGUUCGGGAGCUGGUGGCACGGGGAGCGCGCGAAGGGCGCGAGCGGCUGCGACGCGUGCGGCUGAGCGCGGAGAGCGCGUGCAGGCUGACGGCGGCGACUGGCUGCGAGCUCAUGGACGGCGAGGUUCUGGCGCUGGCGCGCGCCCUGCGGCAGUGGGAGGGGCAGGCGCUGCGGGCGCGCGACGCCCUGGAGAGCGCGGCGAGCGCGGCGAGCGGGGCCGAGCGCGAGCGGCGUCGCCUCGCCGAGCAGCUCGCGGAGGACACGGCGCGCCUCGAGCGCCGGCUGCGGGAGUGGGGCGACGCGCUCAAGCGCUCCGAGAGGCGCAACAGCGGAGCCGCCGCGGUGGAGGGCUGGAGCGUCGCUAAGGGGGUCCUUGAAGGCCUGCAAACGGCUGAAGUCAUGGAGGAGAAGCUAAAGGCUCAACUCAACGAGCUGUGCGGGUUUUCCAGCGAUCUGGGCACUCAGUCAGAGCGGGUCAGCGCUCUCAUCAAAUUGCACAACAGUCUGAGUCUGCGAGCAGCUCGCGAGUGUCAGAACAAGGAGAAGCUGUUGGAGCAGCGUUUCCGCUCGUCUCUUCGUGAUUUUCGUCAGUGGCUGGUGAACGCCAACAUCUCCACGGCUAAAUGCUUCGACUCUCCUCACAGCAUUCAGGAAGCUUCCAGCAGCCUCCAGAGGAUCCAGGAGUUCCUGAGUGACAGCGAGCAAGGGCAGACCCGGUUAAAUGACGUGCUCUCCCACGGCGAGCGUCUCACUGCGGUGGUGUCUGCUGACAAGCUGGAGGUGGUCAGGGCUAAAGUCAAUGCUGCCAAAGAUGACUGGAGGAACCUGAUGGACAACCUGAAGCAGAGAGAGACCAUAUUACAGGGUCUGCAGUGUCAGAUGCAGGAGUUUGAGGCAAGUGUGGAGCCUCUUCAGGACUGGAUUAACAGAACGGAGAUGAGCGUACAGGAGAGCAGCGCUCGUCUUCAUGAUCUCCCCGCGAAGAGACUGGAGCUGAGCAAACUGCAGUUGGUGUUGGAGGAGAUGGGCUCCAUGGAAUCAGAGCUGGGAAUGCUGAGAGAGAGAGCUCACAGCCUGUGGGAAGGUCAGGCAGCUGGGAAAGGCUUCGUGCAUCGGGUCUGUCAGCUUGCAGCGCGGUACUUGGCCCUGAGCAACCGCACUAAGGAGAAAGUCUCCCGAGUGGAGCGUGUAGUGGGGGAGCAUCAGCUCUUCUCCCAGGGCUUACAGGAACUUCAGAGCUGGGUUUCAGAAACCCAGCAGACUCUUGAAACCUGCAGAACUUCUACCGCUGACAAGAGUGUCCUGCUGACAAGAAUGAGCCAGCUCGAGGAGCUGUUAGCGGCACGUCAGGAGCGGGAGAUCCAGCUAAAGAUGCUCAUAACCCGAGGUGAAGCAGUGCAGAGGAACACCUCAGCCGAGGGGGUUCCUGUGGUCCGCAAACAGAUCCAGGACCUUAAAGACUCCUGGGACUCGCUUCUCUCAGCCUCCAUCCAGUGCAAAAGCCAGCUGGAAGGCGCUUUGUCUCACUGGACCAGCUAUCAGGAGGACGUGAGCCAGUUCGAGGGCUGGCUGGAGCGAGUGCAGGAAAGUCUGGGGAACUCGGAUAAAAGCUACACCGAGAUGAGGGAGAAGACGGCGAAUUUACGCCAGGCGAAGCUGCUUUAUGAGGAAGUGUUGAGCCACUCAAGCCUGUUAGAAACCAUCGCCACGAAGGGCUCCAACCUUCCAGAGCACUCGGCCACUCAGCAGGAGGUACAGGAGCUCAGCGAGCAGUACGAAGCAAUCAAGGACAAAGCCAAGGCUGCAGUCAGCAAGGCAGAAGAGCUGGUCCUGGUCCAUCAGGAGUACCAGCGAGGUCUGCACAUGUUCGAGGACUGGCUGGAGCAGGAGCAAAGCAACCUGGGUCUCCUUUCCCCCCUGGAUGGAGAUGUGAGCACACUUGAGAAGACCCUUAAAGAACUUCACAUGCUACAAUCACGUUGCUCUGAAGGCCACACCUUGCUGAAGUCAGCUCUGUCAAGCCGGGAGCGGGUCAUCCCUUGGGGCGUCCCUCAGAUCGAGGACCGGGCGUUGGAGACGGCGCAGAGAGAGUGGCAAGGGUAUCAGGACCGGCUGGAGAACACGCAAGCCAGCCUGGAGCAGACGCUCUUCAGACUGCAGCAGCUGGAGGAACGCUUCCAGAGCCUGGACCGGUGGCUGGUGGAGAUUGAACUCAAAGUCAAGCUGAGGAGCGACAGGCGCUCCAAUUGUGCUGCUAAAGAGCUACAGCUACAGCAGCUCCUGGGUUGGCAGGUCGAGGCAGUACAGAAGCAGGGUGAGAUGGAGGCUCUGAGUGCUUUGGCUCAGCAGGUUGUGGAAGACGCCCAUGUCAGUGCUCGGGUCAGCGCUCGGGUCAGUCAGCUCACGAGCCGCUACCACGCCGUCCUCCUGCUCAUACAGGAGACCAUCCGACAGUUUCGGGAGGAACUGAGGAGUAUCGGAGAAGCUCAGGAUGCUCUCAGAACCUUCUCCGAUUGGCUGAGCACGACUACAGAGGGUUUUAAAGCAAUCGGCGAGAGCAAGCGAGCCCCUGACCGAGCGUCCCUGGAGAAAAAGAUGAAAAGGCUUGAGUCUCUGCAGCGUGACAUGGAUGAAGGACAUGCCCUGUUUAAGAGCCUCCGUGAAAAAGCGGAGCAGGCCGUCUCCCUCCUGGACGAGAGCGGAGCGUGUAAGCUGGAGAAGGAGGUCCAGGAGAGCCGGGUUCAGCUGGAAGAACUCAGCCUGGGCUUGCGGACGGAGCACGGCGCUACGGAGAAAAGCAUCAUGCUCUAUAAAGAGUUCCAGGAGCGUUAUAAGAGCCAGCUGCAGUGGCUGAGAGAGACUCGAGCUCAGCUCAGCUCAUCUGCAGAACCCAAAGCUGAACUCUUCCAGAGAAAAGCGCAGCUGGCAAAGUUUAAGGUGUUGGAGCAGUCCCUGCUGUCCCGGGACUCUGCCCUGAGUGCCAUGGUGGAGAAAGGGAAAACCCUGCUGUCUCUCCUCCACUCUCCCUCCAUCAUGGAAAACAUGGACAGGCUGCAGAACGACUAUCAGGAGCUGUGUAACGUCGCUAGGGCUCGGGUGCAGAAACUGGAGGCUCAUGUAAAGAAACAGGAAGUGUAUCACACCGAACUCCAGGAAGUGGAACGGUGGCUGCUGCAGAUGUCCAGCCGGAUGGUGGCCCCUGACCCCACACCGGGCGGCGGGCUGGAGGCAGCUACGCAACAGCUGGCCAGACACAAGGCCAUAAUGGAGGAGAUUGCAGGCUUUGAGGAGCGUCUGGCAGGCCUGAAGGAGAGAGGAGACGAGUUGACGUCUGGCUGCACUGAGCGCCUCCAGGCUCGCCUUCGCCAGCAGAUCCAGAGCCACCUGCAGGGAGCACGAGACAGCUACUCGGCCAUCUGCAGCACGGCACAGCGCGUGUAUCAGAGUCUGGACCGGGAGCUGCAGAGGCACGUCAGCCUGCGAGAUACACUGCAGCAGUGUCAGUCCUGGCUGUUCAAUAUACAGGAGGAACUGCAGCCACCUACACAGACGCCACGCUACCUGGAAGAGGUAGUGAUCCAGCUGAAGCAGGAGCGAGCUCUUCAGGAACAGGCCAGUACGUACCUGCAGCUGAUCUGCUCCACCUGCGACCUGUCCGAUGAGAAGGUGCGGGAGACUGCCGCUGAUAUCCAGCAAGUCAAAAUCCAGGUGGAGGAAAGGAAGCUCGAGUCCCAAGAACUUGCAGACAGCUGGAGGGAAAUCGAGAGCCUGCGGUCCGAUCUUGAAUCUCGUCUCCGAGAAGCUGAACACUUUUUGCAGAAUAUGCUGAGAAGACCGGCAGAUCUCGAGCCAAAAGUCUCUCAGAAUCAGCUGGAGCAGGCUCAGGACUUUAUCCAGGAGAUACAAGCUAGGCAGGCUGAUCUUACCAGCCUGAGAGAGAGCAUCUGUAAGCUGGUGCCAUCUCAAGAUUCUCCUGAGUUGGUGGAAAUAGGUCGUCUGCGCCGAUCGUGGUUAGAGCUCGCAAAGCAGGCUGCGGAGCUGUUAGAGCAGAGAGAGGAGGAUCUCCAGAGGAGCGGGGAUUAUCAGGAGUGCCUAAGCAUGGCGGAAGAACUGUUUGACCAGUUGUCCAAGGAAUGGGAUUAUCUGUCCAGGGGGGAUAUGGAGAGCAAUACAGGGUGUUUAGAUGCCUUGAAGAAGCUCUCCUCAGAUCUUCAGGAGCAGAGAUGUGUUUUAGAAGACCUAAGAGAUAACAAGAAUGCAAUUGUGUCACGCCUUAGUCUCGAGGACAAGGAACUUGUCAAGGAGCAGGUGGGUUACUUGGAGCAACGCUGGACCCAAAUGGAAAUGCAGGUUGAACAGAAGAUUCAGAAUACCACUAAAACGCUUGAAGACCUGAAUCAUUUAGAGGACCAGUUACGUGAAACUCGAGAGUGGGCCGAGGUGCAACGGCCAUCAUUUUCUAAGGUGCUGAAAACCAGCCCCCCUCCAGACCUCGCUCAGAGCUUUUUAUUUGACCACCUGAGCUUUUGCGCAGAGCUGGAAGCCAAGCAACAGUUCAUUCAUCAGUUUGUCUCUGAGGCUGACAGCCUUUAUUCUCAUCUCGGACUGAAUGAGAAAAGGAGGCUGCAGACCUUGGUGCAGGACGUUCAAGCUGAUGUAGAAUCACUAAGCUCGAAAGCAGCUCUCCACCGCAAAAGCCUUAGUAAAGUGUUCACAGAGCGGAGCCAGUUCCUCCAGGCCUUAGACAGGGCUGCUGGAUGGAUCAAACAGCAAGAGCAAAGGGUUCUUGCAGAUGAGCAUGUGGCACUCUUGCCAGAUGAGCUCUCCAAGCAGGUGUCUGUCUGCAAGAACAUAUGUAGUAGCCUGAGGUCAUACCAAGUGGAAAUGACCUCACUUUGGACCCAAGGACGAGAACUGGUCAAGGAUACAACCGAGGAUGAAAAGGCAGAGACCCUUCAAAGGCUUGAGGAGCUCCAGGCAACUUAUGAGGCUUCUCUUCAAAGGUGCACGCAUCAUUUGCAGCAUUUAGAGAAAGCCCUGGUAAUUCGCAAAUACUUCAAAGUAGACUUGGAUAAAAUCUGUGAAUGGUUGCGACAUGCUGAAGAAGCCACUUUUCCCAUAAUAGACCUUGACAGGAACGAUGUAGAACUGCAGAACCGGUUAGCCAAAUACCAGCGGAUUUUGGAUCAUACCUCAGCGUAUGAAAACCUGUUACUUAUUGUCCAGCGGGCGGGGCAGGAAAUCCUUCCCACCUUAAAUGAGGUGGACCACUGCUACCUGGAUGAGAAACUUAACGGCCUUCCGCAACAAUACAACGCCAUCCUUUUGUCAACCAAAGAAAAGCGAGACAGGAUCCAGCAAGUGAUUCUGGAACGCAAGGAACUGGAGUCCCUUGUCGAAGUAACCCGUAAAGCUUUGGAGGAACUUCAGGAGCGGUGCGAUGCCUUAGAGAAACAAUCAGCUUGUAAAAGUCUUGAUGACGGAGAAAGGUUGCAGGGUGACUAUGAAGAGAUCCAGAAUGGCCUUUUAAAACUUUUCCAGGCAAUGAAAAACUUGAAGAGUAAAACUCAGGACUUCCAUUGCACAGGACAACCGUAUACACACGAGGUCAUUGACCAGCUAGCAAGUCUUUAUAGCAGGCUUGAUCAAUCGACAAAACAAAAGGUUGACCAGCUUAAAUGUACAUUAAAUGUAUUAAAUGAUUACAAAGCCACAAUUGUAAAAAUCGAUAGCGGUAUUCAUGCAGUCAAGGAGCAGAUGGAGGAACUUAAUUCUGAGAAGCAGUUUAACAAGGAGAGAUUAUCCAAACUACACAACUUGUCCAAAGAUCUAGACGAACUUAUUUCUCAUUCUGAAGGUCUUACUGGACAUAUAGAUGAGUUCAACUGGCAAUUUGACCAUGAUACCCUUAAGACUCAGGUUUCGAUAAAGGAGACCCAGCUUCAAGCCUUGAAAUCAAACAUUUCCAAAUACAUAGACGAAUGUGAGCAGUGUGAUACGUCAUGUAUUGGGGGUAAAAGUUUCCAGACUGAGAUAAAAGAAAACCAGACAUGGCUCAAGAUGGUCAGAGAGGAUCUCGGUUGUUUGUUUACUCUUAAGAAAAUAGAUGCUCGAGUUGUUCAGGAUGAAAUCAGGUCAACAGUCGUACUUCAGAAAGAAAUCAAGUCUAGGCUCCAUUUAGUGGACAUUUUAAGCCAAAAUGAAAAGCAAAGAUACAAGACCAUUGAACAGCAAUUUCCCAGUGACACGGAGACCUGUUUGAGGGACAUUGAAGAUUUGGGGAGCGAAGUUCAGGAAUCCCUUUCAGCCAGACAGGAGGUCUUGCAUUCAGCACUAUCCUCGCUACAAUUGUACCAAAGUGCCUUGAAGUCCACUUGGCGGUGGUUCAAAGAUGCUGAAGGGGUCUUGAAACAGACGAACAAGGAACUAGAAUUGGAAGACCUUUCUGAAAGCCUUGAGGAACUUAAACAGAUUUUGACUCAAGAACCGACCAUGAAGAAGGCCAUCCAGGAUAUUGAUGACGUUCUCUCUAAAUUGGAGGACUUUGUUGAUUCUGGAGUUGUUAAGAACCUCAGAGAAGGCUAUGAGGCCACUUGUAAAAGGAGUGCUGAGCUCAUGGAGCAGCUUAAAUGUCACCAAGAAACCUUAAGCAGCUGUUUAACUCAAUGGACAUCGUUUCACAAAGAUCGAGAAGAACUCAUAAAUGAGCUAAACGAUGUUGAGAGGAAAUUGGCUGUUUUUACAACAGCGAAAUCCAGCUCUCUUCAAGAGGCUGAGGACAAGCUUCGUUUUCACCAGGAUGUUGUGUUGCACCUGGAGGCUUGUCAGGAUAAACUGUUCAAUCUCAAAGAACAGUCAGGUCAGUUCGAGGAGAAGUCUGUGUCCAGUGCUGCAGUUCUUCGUUCAGUCUGUGCACUGGGAAAGCGAUGGACUCAGUUAUGCAGUGUAGAUAAAGCACAGGAGAAGGCGCUCAAGGACACGGUGCAUGACUGGAGACGCUUUACUGAGAAGCUGGAGAAGAUGAGGUCAGUGUCGAAAGACCUGCAUAGCCGAGUCCCUGACAGUGUGGUGGAGAAAGCAGCCAGCACCGUUGCCCUCCACAACCUGUUAGAGUAUCAUGACUCCUUUAGCAGAGAGGUGGAAAGAGAGAACAGCGCCCUGACACUCCUCAGACAACACGCCCUCCACCUGCUCCUCCACUCGGAUCCUGCAGGACUAAAGACGCCCAGCGACGUGACUUCCCGGAUUGGCAAGCAACAACCAACAACGCCUGUCAAACACCAACACACGCCCUGCAAGCCAGCGACCUCUACCAACAACCAAUCAACCUCAGCCGCUCCCUACCACCACAUACACACUCCUAAUAACCAGUCGACCACACCAAUCUCACAGAUGGCCAGUCCUAGGAAUCAAACAACCAGUACACAGCUAACCACACCCAGUACACAAGCAAUAAUGUUUACUACACAACCAGCCACACCCAGUAUACAAUCAAUUAUGGAAUCUACACAACCAGCCACACCCAGUGCGCAAUCAACCUCUCCAAACAAUCCCAACAACCACUUAGACACUAGCCAACAACCAACCACACCUAUUACACAACCAACCACACCUAUUACACAACCAACCACACCCAUUACACAACCAACUACAUCUACUACACAAAUAACCACACCAAGUACACAACCAACUACACCAAUUACACAACCAACCACACUCACUACACAACCAGCAACACCAAACAACCACUUAGACUCACCUACCACACAGCCAGCUACCCCCAAAUCCCAAACAAGCACACAUAUCAACCCCCUGGCCACUGCCUCCAAGCAGACCAAUAAACCCAGCAAUAAAGAUAUGUUCUGUCUGCAUGAGAUUCAGGAAAUGCAGGAGAAAUAUGAAAGCCUCCUGCAGAAAGUGUGCAUGAGCCGCCAGCAGGUGCAGGCCGAACUGCUGGAGCGAGAGGAGGUGGAGAGGGAGCUGGGACUCGUGAAAGGCUGGAUCCAGGACACACAGGGCCUGUUACUCAGCCCUACAGCUGACCUGGACACCCUGCUCUCCGACCUGGAGACGGCUCAUGGCGGCGUUCAGUCUCAGCGGCAGGCCCUGGAGCAGAUCGCAGAUCGCCAGCAGAUGAAAUACAAAGACCUCCAUGCCACUGUUCCCUCUGAGAUCAGCACCCAGCUGGCACAGGUCACACUGGCGCUGGGCUCGGCAGAGGACCAGGUGCAAAGCCGAGAAAAAGAGGUGCAGCACAGCCGAGACGUUAAAGAAGACUUUACUACCAGACUGAAGGACAUCUCGGAGAAAGUCAGUGCCGUCUCUGUGAGACUGAAACAGAAGAGUGUGGAUGUAGAAGAGGCCAAAGAAGAGACGGAGACUCUGCGUGAGGAGCUGGAGGACUGCUCUCAUGCUCUCUCCGAGCUGGACAUGGCUGUGCAGGAGUUCGGGGAGCAGAACCCUCUUUUGGCCCGGCAGCUGGGUGCCACGCUGUGCAAACUGUCCGAGCUCCACUCUCAGACCAACAAACUCGCAGAGGGACGGACCACUCGGCUCAAGAAGGCUGAGCAGCACUUCGAGGAGUUUAACCACAGACUCACCCUGAUACUCAACUGGACAGAAAAGGCUGAGACUCUAGUGUCCUCCAGCAUCGUGUGGAGCCCUGCCUCGAUGAUCCAGGAGCAAAUCAGAACACACCAGGCGCUGCUGCGGGAGUGGAGGAAGCUGCAGGGGGAGAUGGAGGCGCUGAUGAAGAGAGUGGAAUUGUUGGGAGAGGUGGUGCACACCAAAGCACUUCACCAGCAGGUGGCAGAGCUGAGCCGUCACGCCGAAGAGCUGCAGCAACGAGCCCAAUCACGCCUGCUCAACCUACAGGACGCUGCGAAGGAUCUGAGCAGGCUGGAGAGUGAGGUGAGGAGCCUCCACAGGUCCAUAGAGCGAGUCCAGGAGACAUUGGCUUCCCCUGAACUGGCUCGCCUCAGUCUCAGAGAACAGCUGCUCCAGAGACAGCACCUGCUGACAGAAAUGGAGGGCUUUAAGGUGCAGGUCCAGGCCGUGCAGAAGUGUAUGAGCGCUCUGCAUCUGCCCGAGGACACCAUGGCCACGUUACCGCUGUGCGUCACUGCGCAGAGUCUACAGCAGGACAGCAGCCAUCUCCAACACACCACGAUACAGCAGUGUAACAUUCUGCAGGAGGCCGUGGUGCAGUACGAACAGUACGAACAGGAAGUGAAGAACCUCCAGAAGAUGAUCGAAGAAGCGCAAAGGGUUAUUCAGGACCGACCCGUCGCCACCGGCAACAUCCACGAGCUCCAGACGCAGAUCCAUCAUCAUGAGGAGCUGGCCCAGAAGAUAAAAGGUUACCAGGAGCAGAUCGCAGCCCUGAACACCAAGUGUAAGAUGCUGACGGUGAAGGCCAAGCAUGCCACCAUGCUUCUAACGGUCAGCGAGGUCGGAGGGCUCUCAGACGGCCUGGAGGAGCUUGAGGAGGAGGAGAUGACCAAACACCCCGCAACACACCCCUCGGUUGUUAUGAUGACUGCCGGCAGAUGUCACACUCUCUUGUCUCCUGUAACGGAGGAGUCGGGUGAAGAGGGCACCAACAGCGAGGUCAACUCCCCUCCGGCCUGCAGAUCCCCCUCACCGGGGCCUAACGCUGACGUCUCCCUGAACCAGGUUUCAGGAAGGGCCCCGUUAAGUCGGGCCCCUCUGCAGGAGCUAUAUGAUCAGACCCUGGAAUCAGCCACCACGGCUAACCUGGACGACUUACAACGCUCAUGGGAAACGCUGAAGAAUGUGAUCAGCGAGAAACAGAAGAGUCUGUAUGAGGCUUUGGAGAGGCAGCAGCACUACCAGGAGGCUUUGCAGUCUAUCUCAACCAAGAUGGAGUCCAUUGAGGCCUCGCUCAACGAAGGGCUCGAACCUGGAAAGAGUCCCGAGAGCCAGAUGGCAGCUCACCAGGCUCUGAUGGAUGAGAUACUGAUGCUGCAGGAUGAGAUUGGCUCUCUGCAGGCGUGUUUCUCAGAGGAGCUCCAGUGGGAUGAAGAGAGCCCCGAGCACGACGCCGGAGACCAGCUGGCACUGCACUCAACCCUCACCGUGCUGGGAGAACGCAUGGCCACCAUCCGCAUGAAGGCCUCGGGCAAGCGCCAGCUCCUAGAGGAGCGGCUGAAUGAGCAGCUGGAGGAGCAGAGACAGGAACAGGCCCUGCAGCGUUACCAUAGUGAGGCAGAGGAACUCGAUCUUUGGUUGCUCAGCACACGGGCGACGCUUAACUCCGCCCUCCAGCCUCAUCCUGAGGAUAUGGACAUGGAGGAGCAGCUGAUCGACUGUCAGAACAUGUUAAUGGAGAUCGAGCAGAAGGUGCUGUGUCUCUCUGAGCUGUCCGUACACAGCGAGAGCCUCCUGCUGGAGGGCAAGGCCGGAAGCGGGGAUGCUGAGCAGCUCACGCUCAAACUGCACAGCCUCAAAGCCAGCCUUCUGGAGCUGCAGCGCAUCCUGCAGGACAAACACACACACAUCCAGGGAUCUUUAAUGACGCAGGAGGAGAGUGAGUCGGACUCAACGUUGACUCAGAGCCCCAGCGUAUUGGACUGGCUCAAUCAGGCUCGGUCCACACGCAGCCAGCAGCACCAGGACACGAUGCAGAGACAACGGGAAUUAGAGGCGCAACUGGAGGAGCAGAGGAAGCUGAUGCAAUCUGUUGCUGACCGGGGGGAGGAGCUUCUCUCACAGCAAACCACGCCCAAUGGAGAGAGUGCCGGCGAUCUGCAGGACGUGACGGAUGCGGUCGAGAGCGUGAACGUGACAGAACAGGAUUGUAUGAGGAUAAAGUGGGAGAAUCUGAGUAAAGACCUGAACACCAAGAUGCAGCUUUUAUUAAACACCAUGCAGGAGGAACAGCUCAGCCUGGUGUAUCCGCGAUCUCGAGUAUCCAGCCCAGGAAGUCUGUUCAGGGGGGAUCAGCUGACACCAGAUGUUUUUCCCCCCAGUGCUUUAUUUGAGACUUUUAACCAUAAACUGGAGGAACUAGCUGAGCAGGUUGAGGUUAAACACGAUCACACUCGGGAGAGGACUCUGUACGAGGCAGUGUGUUCAGCCUCCGCCUGGCUUGACGGUGCAGAGAACAGUUUGCUCUCUGGCCCUGUGCUGCUGUCUGAUGACUCGGAGGUUCAGCUGCAUCAUUUGGAGGGUCUGAAUAAGGAGGUAAAGAAUGUCAGCGAGGAGGUGUGUAAGUGUCGGGAUGUGCUGGAGGGAUGUGAUGGAGGAGGUGAUAACCUGGUUGAGGAGGUGAUGGAUGGACUGGAUGAGAGAUUGAGACUGAUGGAUUUGCUGCUGGAGCAGAGAUGUGAUGGCAUUAGAGACAGGCUGCAGGAGCAUACCACUUUUCAGGCUGAACUGCGGCAGUUAUUCGAAGCGAUGAGCGGAUCGAAGCAUCAGCUGCUGCAGAAGAUGUGUGGUGCUGCAGAUCGUCCGGCUUCCAAACAGCUGGAGACUCUGGCAGAAGCAGAGGACAGUUUGAGGGAGUUUGAGCAAAAAGUGUGUGAGAUAAGGACUAAAGGAGAAACCCUGCAGUCAGACCCAGUGACCACACAAGAGCUGCUAAAACUCCAGGAUGUGUAUGAGGAGCUGGUGGAGAUGGUGGGCUCAAGGCGGAGUGGCCUGAACCAGACGCUGGUGUUGAAGGCACAGUAUGAGAAAGCUUUGCAGGACCUGCAGGAGCUCGUGGACACGGCUCAAGACAAAAUGGCCGCCGAUCAGAAGAUGACUGUCGGAUGUGUGCUCGAGGUUCAGAUUCUUCUGGACAAGCACAAGGAGUUUUUUCAGGGUCUGGAAGCCCACAUGGUGCUGACGCAGGCCUUUUUUAGGCAGGUCAGUGGGGUGAUGGUGCAGAGAGAAGCUCAGGUCCUGGAGCAGACCGUCUCUCAGGCUCACACUGUUCUCAAGCAGGCUCAUAGGAGAGGCGUGGAGCUGGAGGGCAUCCUGGAGGAGUGGAGCAGGUUUGUUGGAGAUUACCAGGCUUUGUAUAAGCAGUUGGAGGUGGUGGAGAGCAGCAUUCCAGCCAUGGGGCUGGUGGAGGAGACUGAGGAGAGACUGAGUGAGAGAAUUGCGCUCUAUCAGUGUCUGAAGAGUACUCUGGUGGAGCACCAGCAGCAGCUCUAUCAGGUUCUGGAGGAUGGGAAGAGACUGUUACUGAGUGUGUGCUGCUCGGAGCUCGAGGCUCAGCUCACUCAGCUUGGAGAACAUUGGCUCAGCAGCACCACUAAAAUCAGCAGAGAGCUCCAGCGCCUCGACUCCACGCUCAAACACUGGACCAGGUAUCAGAGUGACUCGGCAGAACUGGGUCAGUGGUUGUCCUCGGCUCUGGACAGGUUGGAGUUCUGGAGCAUGCAGUCUGUUACUGUUCCUCAGGAGCUGGAGACGGUCCGAGACGACCUGCACGCUUUCCUGGAGUUCUCUAAAGAAGUGGACGCUAAAUCGUCCCUGCGCUCGUCUGUCCUGAGCCGUGGGAACCAGCUGCUGAGGCUGAAGAAGGUAGACACUGCGGCACUGCGGACUCACCUGGGUCACGUGGAGGUGCAGUGGGCGGAGCUUCUCACACGCAUCCCUGUGGUGCAGGAGAAACUCCAUCAGCUGCAGAUGGAGAAACUGGCGUCCCGUCACGCCAUCACCGAGCUGAUGAGCUGGAUUUCCCUCAUGGAGAACAUCAUCCAGGAGGACCAGAACAAGAUCGUGGAGGCAGUGGGCUCAGACGAGGUGCAGGCCUACAUCCAAAAAUACAAGGGUUUCGGGAUCGAUCUCUCCUGUAAGCAGCUGACGGUGGACUUUGUGAAUCAGUCGGUGCUGCAGAUCAGCAGUCAGGACGUGGAGGGGAAACGCAGCGAUAAGACCGACUUUGCCGAGCAUCUGGGAGCCAUGAACCGACGCUGGCAGAUUCUGCAGGGCCUCAUCACUGAGAAGAUCACGUUCUUGGAAAGUUUACUGGCGAGCUGGUUGGAGUAUGAAAGUGGAGUCCAGACCCUUAAGACCUGGAUCAGCGCUCAGGAGGAGAAACUAAAGAAAAAACCCAGGAUUGAGGACGUGGGCUCGGUGCAGAACCUGCUGAAAGACUGCCAGGAGCUGGAGCAGUUGGUGAAAGAGAAAGAGAAGGACCUGGAAAAAGUGGAGGAAAAAGGAUGCUCGCUCAUCCAGGGCAAGAAAGGAGACGCCUCCACGGUCGUCAUGGAAACGCUUAAAGGGCUAAACCAAGCUUGGACCAACCUGGACCAAACGGUUGGCCAAGUAAAGAUCAGUCUGCGUGCUAUGCUGGAGCAGUGGAGUCUGUAUAAGCGAGCGUCUGAGGAGAUCCAUGGCUACCUGAUGGAGGGACAGUACUCCAUCUCACGCCUCAGGCUCCUCACUGGUUCUCCUGAAGCCGUCCUCACGCAGGUGGAGAACUUGGAGAGUCUGCAGGAGGAGCUGGAGAAGCAGGAGAGCAGCGUGAAGAAGUUUGGCUCUCUCACCGAGCAGCUGCUGAAGGACUGUCACUGCACUGUGGCUGAUUCUCUCAACACGACCCUCAAUGAGAUCAACCAUAGGUGGAACUUGUUGCUGGAGCAGAUCUCGGAUCAGUUGAGAAGCAGUAAGAACCUGCUGCAGCUGUGGCAGCGCUAUAAAGAGCUUCACGAGAGCAGCAGUAAGGAUGUGCAGAGGCUGGAGGAGAGGGCCGAGCGUCUGCUCAACAGCUCCACCCACAGGGAGACCACGGAACAGGAAGAGCAGACCUGGAUCCGUGACUGUGAUGACUUGCUGAACACUCAGGGCUCUGUCCAGGCCACUCUGCAGCAGCUGACUGAUGUGGAGGAAGAGCUGAGGCUGCAGGUGGAGCCAUCAUCCAUGGCGACCUUCCACACAGACUACCUGUCACUCAUCCAGCGCCUAGCAACAGUGGGACACGCCCUCCACAGGCAGAGAGAUCUGAUAGAGGCGAGUGUGAAGGACUACGAGAGCUUCAGGGAGGAUCUGCGGUGUCUGAGUCGGUGGCCAGAAGAGGCUCAGGAGGUGCUGAAGGAGUCGGAUCCGACCGCGUCUGCAGAUCUGUCCACCGUGCAGGAACGCAUGGAGCAACUCAAGAUCCAGAUGCUAAAACUUUGUCACCUGUCUCCUGAUCUGGAGCGUUUAAACAGUCUGGGAUACAGACUUCCUCUAAAUGACCAGGAGAUCAAAAACAUUCAGAACCUGAACAGGAGCUGGACGUCCACCUCGGCACAAAGCACAGAGAGAUUCAGUAAGCUGCAAGCCCUGCUGCUACAGAGACAGAGUUUCCUGGAGAAGUGCGAGACGUGGCUGAGCUUCCUGACCCAGACGGAGGAGAAGCUCGGUGCUGAGAUCUCGGGCAAUUACCAAAGCCUGUUAGAGCAGCAGAGAGAGCACGAGCUGUUCCAUGCUGAGAUGUUCAGUCGACAGCAGAUCCUUUACUCCAUUAUCAGUGACGGCCAUCGGCUCCUCAAUCAGGGACGAGUGGAAGACAGAGACGAUUUUGGCCUGAAGUUGGCGCUGUUGAGUAAUCAGUGGCAGGGCGUGGUGCGACGGGCGCAGCAGAGGCGGGGCAUCAUCGACGCGCUGGUGUGUCAGUGGCAGCGCUACAUCGAACUUUCUAAGAGAUUGAGAUACUGGCUGCAGGAGGCGGCUCUAGAACCGGACGAGGAACCUCAGCAGCAGCAGAGGGAACAUGGACGAGUCACAGCACUGCAGCAGGCCCGAGGAGUUCUCGACCACAUACAGCUAAAAGAGCGAGUGCUACAGAGGCAGCAGGGCAGCUACAUCUUGGCGGUGGAUGCAGGAAGGCAGCUUCUCCUCUCGGCCGACGCCCAGGCAGAGGCGCUGCUCCAGGAAGAGCUGACGGAGCUACAGGAGCGAUGGAGGAACACCAGCAUCCAUUUGGACCAGAGGAAGAAGGAACUGCUCUCACUGCUAAAGGACUGGGAGCAGUGUGAGAAAGGAAUCGCUGUGUCACACGAGAAGCUGAGAGCGUUUAAGAGGAAGCUCUCACUACCUUUACCUGAUCACCACGAUGAGCUGCACAACGAGCAAAUCCGCUGCAAGGAGUUAGAGGGCAGUGCUGAUGGUUGGGGGGACGACGUGGCAGCUCUGUGUGUUCUCAGGGACUCGCUCUCGAGCAGCCUGAGCCACGAUGACCUCACAGUCCUACAGGAAAGACUCGAGCUGCUGCAGAGACAGUGGGAGGAGACGUGUCACCAGCUGACCCUGCGCAGGCAGCAGGUGAGUGAGAAGCUGAACGAGUGGGCCGUGUUUAAUGAGAAGAAUAAGGAGCUGUGUGAGUGGUUGACUCAGAUGGAGAGCAAAGUGUCUCAGAACGGAGACAUCACCAUCGAGGAGAUGAUCGAGAAGCUCCGGAAGGACUAUCAGGAGGAGAUCUCAGUAGCGAAGGAGAAUAAGCAGCAGUUGGAGCUCAUGGGAGAGCGCCUAGCCCAAGCCAGCCACGAGAGCAAAGCGACCGAGAUCCAGUACAAGCUGAGCAAAGUGAACGAGCGCUGGCAGCACCUGCUCGACCUCAUCGCAGCCAGGGUGAAGAAGCUGAGGGAGACUCUGGUGGCAGUGCAGCAGCUGGAUAAGAACAUGAGCAGUCUGCGUUCAUGGCUCACACACAUCGAGACGGAGCUGUCGCGGCCCAUCGUCUACGAGACCUGCGACAUGAACGAAAUACAGAAGAAACUCAGCCAGCAGCAGGACUUGCAGCGGGACAUUGAGAAGCACAGCACGGGCGUGGCCUCUGUGUUGAACCUGUGUGAGGUUCUGCUGCACGACUGCGACGCCUGCGCUACAGAGACCGAGUGCGACUCCAUCCAGCAUGCCACACGCAACCUGGACCGCCGCUGGAGGAACAUCUGCGCUGUGGCCAUGGAGCGCAGGCUUAAGAUCGAGGAGACUUGGAGGUUGUGGCAGAAGUUUCUGGAGGAUUAUUCUCACUUUGAGGACUGGCUGAAGGCGUCGGAGAGAACCGCAGCUCGGCCCAACUCAUCUGGAGUGCUCUACACCGUCGCUAAGGAGGAGCUGAAGAAGUUUGAGGCGUUCCAGAGGCAGGUGCAGGAGUGUUUGACUCAGCUGGAGCUCAUCAAUAAGCAGUACCGCAGACUGGCGCGUGAGAACCGCACAGACUCGUCCUGCCGGCUUCGGCAAAUGGUGCAUGAUGGGAACCAGCGCUGGGACACGCUGCAGAGGAGAGUGGCGGCCAUCUUGCGCAGGCUGAAACACUUCAUCGGCCAGCGUGAGGAGUUUGAGAACGUCCGGGACGGGGUUCUGGUGUGGCUGACCGAGAUGGACCUACAGCUCACCAACAUCGAGCACUUCUCUGAGUGUGAUGUUCAGGCCAAGAUCAAACAGCUCAGGGCGUUUCAGCAGGAGAUUGAUCUGAACACGGGGAAGAUUGGGAGUGUGUUUAGUCAGGGUGAAGCUCUGAUGGAGAAGAGCGAGCCUCUGGAUGCUGCUGUGAUCGAGGAGGAGCUGGACGAGCUGCAGCGCUACUGCAGGGAAGUGUUCGGACGCGUUGACCGAUACUACAGGAAGCUCACACGCCUGCCGCUGGCUGAUGAGGACGAGUGCGACUGUUCAGACCGGGAGUUCGACCUGGAUGGAUCAGGUGACCUUUCUGACCUUCAGUGGGACGAGCGGAACUCUUUACCCAGCACCGGAAGCCGGACCCCCUCCAUCAGCCCUACGGCACUGAGGACGAACCGCUCGGGUCGGGGAACUCCAGCAAGCGUGGACUCCAUUCCGUUAGAGUGGGACCACGACUACGACCUCGAACCCAUGGGCAUGUCAUCAAAGAAGAGGGGGCGUGGCCAAGAGGGCCAGGGGGGCACUGUGUGUGGCACUACUGCAGCUCUCACAGAUGUAGUGAUUCCCGAGAGUCCUGAGGCUUAUAUAAAACUCACAGAAAGUACACUGAGGUCGUCCUCCGGCGACUCUGCACAUACCGCGCUGGACCUGGACAGCUGUAACACCUCGUACACUGGUUAUAUGCGUCUGAUGGGAGAUUGUCGAGACAGCAUAAAUGCCCUGAAGAGAGCAGAGGGAGAGCUGGAGGAGGACGAGAGCGACCUGGCAGGAUUAAACAACCCUGAGAAUGCAGAACUCCAAAACACAGGCGUGAUCGAGCGCUGGGAGCUUAUCCAGGCUCAAGCCCAUAACUCCAACGAAGACCUGCUGCUAUGGAAACAGCUGACCUCUGACCUGGAGGCUAUGGAGGCAUGGCUUAGUGAGACAGAGGAGGAGCUAGCUGAGCUGAAUGGGAGGGACUUGAGUACGGAUAUACAUGUGAUCGACCAAAGGAUCAGAAAACUUAAGGAUCUGCAGAAGGAGGUGGAAGGUCAUAAACCCACAGUGCUGUCCAUCAACCUGACUGGCGUCAAGCUCGUCCAAUCAGAUGGAGAGGAGAGCCGCAGACUGAGGAGGAGGCUAAAGGAGAUGAACUCACACUGGGACAGACUGGGGAAAGAGCUGCAGCAGUGGAGAUCAGCACUUCAGGAGGCACUGAUGCAGUGCCAGGAGUUCCACGAGCUGAGUCACGGCCUCCUGCUCUGGUUAGAGAACAUCGACCGGAGGAGGAACGAAAUCGUUCCCGUGGCAACGGGCCUGAAUCAUCACACACUCCGGGCACGUUACAGAGCAUUACAGCAAAUCGAGCAGGAGCUGCAUGAGACGGAGCUCAGUGUGAGCAGCUUGCAGGACUCUGGGCAGCUCCUGGUGCAGACCCCAGCACAGGGAAGCGAGAGUCUGGAGGCCCAGGAGAGAGUUCACGUCAUCGGGAACCGUCUCCGUCUGCUGCUUAACGCUGUCACGUCCGACCUCCAGCUCCUGGAGAGACGACUCCACACCUCCGAAGACACACGCGUGGCGUCCGGUUGGUCUGUGGUGGACGACGUGGACACGUCCGGAUCGGUCAGUCCUGUUUCUGUGGUCAGCGUCCCCGUUCAACAACACACGCUACGGAGCAAAUGUAUUGUGUCAGGAGCAGGAUCCUCAGCCGGCCUGACGCGCCACAGGUCCCCCGGGGUUUCUGCGUGCGCUUCCUCUCGCUGUGGUUCCUCCCGUCCACGCGGUGGCGCUGCUGCGGCUCGCUGCCAGCCCUUCCUGCUGCGGGUUCUGCGGGCGGCUCUGCCUCUGCAGCUCCUCCUGCUGCUCAUCGUGGGCUUGGCGUGUCUGGUGCCCAUCAAUAAGGACGAUUACAGCUGCGCCAAUCACAACAACUUCGCCCGCUCUUUUCACCCCAUGCUGCGCUACACCAACGGCCCCCCACCCAUCUGAACAGGGGAUCCUCCCGCCCCCCCCACGUCUUUUAGGAGGCGGGGCAAUAAGCAGUAAUCUCAUAAUACUGUCUAUUAGCCAAAGCUGAAUAUUGAAAUUUUAGGAUGAUAAUUCGUGUACAGGUCAAACACACCGCUGCUAUUUUUAUUUUUUACUUUAAAUUAUUGAUUGCAAUCAGAAGAGGAAUUAAUGACGAUCCGAUCGUUAGCCGAAGCCCUGAACGAGAACAAAUCAGGACAGUGAAGAAAAGGACUUUAUUAUUAUGGCACUGACUCGAGCGUAUUUUACGGUACCGCACUUAAAUCCGUCCAGCGGGAAACGAAUUUCUUUGUGAAAUGUAUUUUUUCAUUUGGGAAUUGUUUUUGAGAUACAAAAAAAAAAAAACCUAUAAAAUUUCAGUGAUUUUUGAUAAGUAUUUGAAUGCCCUUUAAAGUAUAAUGUAUUUUUGUUUUUUUGUUUUGUUUUUAUUACUAAUUGUUUUCUUUACUCACGGCAUGCGGUUGAUGCGUUUUUGUUGUUUUUAACACGAAACAAUCACUGCUUGUUAUUUAUCUGUAUGAGCCAAGCGUUUUUUUUUUUUUAAAUACUAAUAGGUCACCAGGUUGUUGAAAAAUGUAUAAAACGUGAAUUAUGAAAUUGUCAGUGAUUAUUUAUGAGUGUACAGUUUACUAACACUGACCAGUGAAGAAGGCCUUUCUGAUUAAUAUAUACAUCAUAUUA